AUCUUAAUUGCCACUCGAUCACUCGGUCGUUCCUUUUUUCCUUGUCGUCAAUAGCAAUAGCACCGAUAUCAUAAAAUUACAAGCGCCCUCUCUUCUUCUUCUUCUUCACUCUGCUCGAAAGUGUUUGAAGCUUCUUAUAGGGCGGUGGGGGACUGACUUUUUUGACUGCUCAAUGGGAGAAGAAGAGAGAAAUCCCAUGAAGGCGCUAGUAAAUUGGAGGCUCUGUGAUUGAAAUUGACUUCAGAACAUGGUAUUACUGAUUUUGAUAUUGUUGCUGAAUAAAGGCGUAGAACACACUGAAGCUCAAUUCGAGGGAGAAUGCAAGUUGAAUAAACCUUUGAAACCCAGACCUCACAGUGUGUCAGUAUUGGAGUUUGGGGCUGUGGGGGAUGGGAAAACAUUAAAUACUGUAGCGUUUCAGAAUGCCAUAUUUUAUCUCAAGUCCUUCACGGACAAGGGUGGGGCACAGCUCUAUGUUCCAGCAGGCAAGUGGCUGACGGGAACUAUUGAUCUCACUAGUCACCUCACACUCUUCUUGGAGAAAGAUGCCAUUAUUCUUGGAUCAGAGGAUUACAGUCAUUGGGAAGUAGUUGGUCCCUUGCCAUCUUAUGGGAGAAGUAUUGAGGUACCCGGUGGAAGAUAUCGCAGCUUGAUUACCGGAAGCAAUGUGACAGAUGUCGUGAUAACAGGCAAUAAUGGAACUAUUGACGGGCAGGGUGCCGUGUGGUGGGAACAGUUUGAUCAGCAUGCCUUGAAUUACAGUCGCCCCCAUCUCGUGGAAUUCAUCAGUUCUAGUCAUGUUGUUAUUUCAAACUUGACCUUUUUGAAUGCUCCUGCUUGGAACAUUCGUCCCGCAUAUUGCAGUAAUGUGCUUGUUCAGAACAUAACGGUUCAUUCUCCAUCCAAGUCACCAUACACUAAUGGCAUCGUCCCAGAUUCUUCCAACCAUGUCUGCAUUGAAAAUAGCAACAUUAGCAUGGGUCAGGACGCUAUUGCGCUCAAAAGUGGUUGGGAUGAGUAUGGAAUUGCCUAUGGGAAACCUACUGAAAAUGUCCACAUUCGAGACGUUCGAUUGCAGUCUACUGAGGGGGCUGGCGUGGCGUUUGGUAGUGAAAUGUCGGGUGGAAUCUCAAAUGUACUUGUAGAGAAUCUUUUAGUUCACGAAUCACUUGUGGGGAUUGAAUUGAAGACGGCUAGAGGAAGGGGCGGUUAUAUCCAGGGUGUUAUUUUGUCGGGUGUGGAAAUGGAAAAUGUUUCGGUGGGAAUCAAAGCCACGGGUUACGUUGACACACAUCCGGAUGACAACUUUGACCCUAACGCAUAUCCUGUGGUCAGCAAUAUCACCUUCAAGGACAUAGUUGGAACAAAUAUCUCAACAGCCGGGAAUUUCACUGGAUUACCCGAAUCUCCCUUCACCUCGAUAUGCCUCUCGGAUAUCUACUUCUCCAUUUCGCCCGACACUUCAACACCGCAAUGGGUAUGCUACGCUGUGUCGGGUGUUUCUUCAAAUGUCUCGCCCGAGCCUUGCUCAGAGCUUCAGAACCCGAUUUCUGGUACAUAUUCAACAACUUACACCUCCCUUUUGCGUCCAUUCACUCAAGUUGCAAUCCUUUAAUCAUCCUCCCAAGUUAUACACUUUCUAUUUGUUGAAUCUGCACAAUGAGAUGAAAUUCUUUGCUGGUGUAUACUCGAAAUAAAACGUGAAUCAGUAAAGCUCGGGCAAGCAAAAUUCUUGACGUUGCAGAUCAUCACCUGUGUACAGCAUCGGUUCUUUGUUCAUGUAAGAAAAGUUUUGGUAGCGCGAAGUUCAUUCAGAUAUUUGUUCCUGUCCAUUUAUUUAUUUCCAGCUUUUAGUCAUUUAUUUCACAUUGUUAAUUUGAGCACUGGAACAGCUCAAAGAUUUGUCAGGUGAAAGGGGUGUUAUAGUGAAGUGAUAUUGUUGCAAUAAAACUGCCAUCUUGUGAGAAUCUA